AUGAAGGACUACGAAGUCCUUCGCGACGAGAAGGCCGAGGGCGGACCUCUUCCCGGCAGGCACUGCAACGUCCUGCUUGUUGUGCGCACUGGAGACCUGGUUUUGCCCGACGAGGAGCAGAUCGGGACCUUCUACCGCCACCUCGACCCCAAGACCUCCUCCAAGCUGCACGAGGAGGAGGCGGCCAACGUUUUGAGGUUUUUCGGCGAAGCCGUGAAGGCGGAGUUAAACCACGAGGAGGAGGAGGACGAGGAGCGUGAGGACGACGACGUGAUGGUCACCGGCGAAGAGGAGGCAGUACAGUUCACCGGUGAGAAAGUUGCGGAUAAGAGCAGCGGCAGCGGACCCAAGUCGGGCAAGAAGGCGUGGGGCAGCGGUGGCUCGACCACGACUAGGAUGGCGUCAAAGGCAGCUAUUGAGCGUAUGAAGGCGGCGGAGAGGGAAAACAAGAAGCUGAGGGAGGAGAAGCUGGUGGCGGAGAAGAGGCUGGAGUUCCAGACGGCCCGGAUGGACACGCUAUUCGGCGUGGUCACCUCGGCCCUGAACAAGCUCACGACUGACGCUGACUCCAUGACCUCUCACGAGUAG